UCCCUCUCCACCCAGAGAGCGGGACGGAGGUGUGAACUUGAGCCAGACCAGAAGGAGCUCCAGAGCGGCCGCAGGACGAGUCCGAGGAGCAGGCGGGCGCUCCAGGGAAAAACCACGCACAAAACCUUCUUCAGAGAAAAGGGAAGCACCAAACCUGACCGAGACAAACGGAGGCUUUUGAAAUAAAAAGAAAACACCGCAGGACAAACAGCCUCCCGUCCCCGGGCGCAGGUCGCGGUCACAGUGGUGACCUGGGAUUGCUUUCCCAGGACUGUGAGUCGGAUUUGGGUUUCUCCUCCCUGCAUUCCACAGCUGCUCUGGUCAUCGCAACGUGUUUAUUGAUCACUGAAGAAUCUCAAGUUUUGAGACAAGGAAGAAACACCCAUUAGGUCUCCAAAACAGCUGCGUUUCACAAACUUUAAGGAGACAGAACUUUUUUUUUUCCCACUGGAACCUGUGAAAAUGUCCCUUUUCCAAGGAAGUGAAGGUUAAGAGGUCCCGUUCUCACAGACCCUCAGGAAUUUCACUUGGCUCCGAGCUUUGACCUCCCGGAAAGCCAUGGCAAAGCUGCUGCGGCUGUGCUGCUGGUGCUCCCGCCUGCUGCUAUUUUGUUACAACUUUCAGGUGCGUGGUGUCUACUCCAGAUCGCAGGACCAUCCAGGAUUUCAGGUCUUGGCGUCUGCUUCCCAUUACUGGCCACUGGAGAAUGUGGAUGGGAUCCAUGAACUUCAGGAUACAACUGGAGCGUCCCGAACCCACAAGCUCACUGUGCUUCCUUCCCGUAAUGCUACCUUUGUGUAUUCCAAUGACUCUGCCUACUCAAAUCUCUCUGCAACCGUAGAUAUUGUGGAAGGGAAGGUCAACAAAGGCAUUUACCUGAAAGAGGAAAAGGGAGUCACGCUUCUCUAUUACGGCAGGUACAACAGCUCCUGCAUUAGCAAGCCAGAGCAGUGUGGCCCUGAAGGGGUCACAUUUUCUUUCUUCUGGAAGACACAAGGAGAACAGUCUAGACCAAUCCCUUCUGCGUAUGGGGGACAGGUCAUCUCCAAUGGGUUCAAAGUCUGCUCCAGCGACGGCAGAGGCUCCGUGGAGCUGUACACGCGGGACAAUUCCAUGACAUGGGAGGCCUCCUUCAGCCCCCCAGGCCCCUAUUGGACUCAUGUCCUAUUUACAUGGAAAUCCAAGGAAGGCCUGAAAGUCUACGUCAACGGGACCCUGAACACCUCUGACCCGAGUGGAAAAGUGUCUCGUGACUAUGGAGAGUCCAAUGUCAACCUCGUGAUAGGGUCUGAGCAGGAUCAGGCCAAGUGUUAUGAGAACGGCGCUUUUGAUGAGUUCAUCAUCUGGGAGCGGGCCCUGACUCCGGAUGAGAUCGCCAUGUACUUCACUGCUGCCAUUGGAAAGCAUGCUUUAUUGUCUUCAACGCUGCCAAGCCUCUCCGUGACACCCACAGCAAGCCCCAUGGUGAGCAGAUGCGUCUUCCUUGGCACCCGCCCCCCCCCCCACCCCCGGCUGACAUCCUUCUGCUUGGGCUGUUUGCUGGGAGAGAGAAAAUUCCAUCAGGUGUCUGGGCUCUUUGUGAUCGGCAGAGCCUCAGGUGCCCAAAAGGAAAUGCCGUGGGCGCUGUGGGCCAUGGGCUCCAUGAGUGGGGAGGAAGGGUCCUCGGGGUGUUGGGUGGAAAGAGUGGGUGUAGACAAGCUGGAAGGUCCUUAUGCAUGUACGCACAGGAGCGGGUGUGAGACACCGAGACAGAGCUUGACCUUCUUAAAAGCCGUGGGAGAGGUCCUUCUAUUGCCUGGUUGGAUUGCUGUGUCAGAGGACAGCGCCGUGGUACUGAGUCUCAUCCACACUAUUGACACCGUCACGGGCCACAUUUCCUACAACCUGCAUGCCAGCACGCCCCAGGUCACCAUGGAGGGCUCCUCUGCCGUGGCAGAGUUUUCCGUGGCCAAAGUCCUGCCCAAGACCGUGAAUUCCUCGCAUUACCGCUUCCCGGCCCACGGGCAGAGCUUCAUCCAGAUCCCGCACGAGGCCUUCCACAGCCGCGCCUGGACCACCGUCGUGGGUCUGCUGUACCACAGCAUGCACUACUACCUGAACAACAUCUGGCCCGCCCACACCAAGAUCGCGGAGGCCAUGCAUCACCAGGACUGCCUGCUGUUCGCCACCAGCCACCUGAUUUCCCUGGAGUUGACCCCGCCGCCCACCCUCUCUCAGAACCUAUCGGGCUCUCCACUCAUUACGGUCCACCUCAAGCACAGAUUGACACGUAAGCAGCACAGUGAGGCCACCAACAGCAGCAACCGAGUCUUCGUGUACUGCGCCUUCCUGGACUUCAGCUCCGGAGAAGGGAUCUGGUCGAACCAGGGCUGUGCGCUCACGGGAGGAAACCUCACCUACUCCGUCUGCCGCUGCACUCACCUCACCAACUUUGCCAUCCUCAUGCAGGUGGUCCCGCUGGAGCUUGCACGCGGACACCAGGUGGCGCUGUCGUCUAUCAGCUAUGUGGGCUGCUCCCUCUCCGUGCUCUGCCUGGUGGCCACGCUGGUCACCUUCGCCGUGCUGUCCUCCGUGAGCACCAUCCGGAACCAGCGCUACCACAUCCACGCCAACCUGUCCUUCGCUGUGCUGGUGGCCCAGGUCCUGCUGCUCAUUAGCUUCCACCUUGAGCCGGGCACGACCCCCUGCCGGGUGAUGGCCGUGCUCCUACACUACUUCUUCCUGAGUGCCUUCGCAUGGAUGCUGGUGGAGGGGCUGCACCUCUACAGCAUGGUGAUCAAGGUCUUUGGGUCGGAGGACAGCAAGCACCGUUACUACUAUGGGAUGGGAUGGGGCUUUCCUCUUCUGAUCUGCAUCAUUUCACUGUCGUUUGCCAUGGACAGUUACGGAACAAGCAACAAUUGCUGGCUGUCCUUGGGGAGUGGCGCCAUCUGGGCCUUUGUAGCCCCUGCCCUGUUUGUCAUCGUGGUCAACAUUGGCAUCCUCAUCGCUGUGACCAGAGUCAUCUCACAGAUCAGCGCCGACAACUACAAGAUCCAUGGAGACCCCAGUGCCUUCAAGUUGACAGCCAAGGCAGUGGCCGUGCUGCUGCCCAUCCUGGGCACCUCGUGGGUCUUUGGCGUGCUUGCUGUCAACGGCUGUGCUGUGGUUUUCCAGUACAUGUUUGCCAUACUCAACUCCCUGCAGGGACUGUUCAUCUUCCUCUUCCAUUGUCUCCUGAAUUCAGAGGUGAGAGCCGCCUUCAAGCACAAAACCAAGGUCUGGUCCCUCACGAGCAGCUCCAGCCGCACAGCCAACGCGAAGCCCUUCCACUCAGACAUCAUGAAUGGGGCCCGGCCAGGCACGGCCUCCACCAAGCUCAGCCCCUGGGACAAGAGCAGCCACUCUGCCCACCGCAUAGACCUGUCAGCCGUGUGAGCCGGGAGGCUGCCAACCAGGCCAGGCUGCACUCAGAACACCGCCCCCCCAAAAAGGAAUGAAACGCCGCAUCUUUGCCCGUGGGACCCUCUCCUUGCCGCUGUCUGGACUUGGGUGUUAUGGCCCUGAGAUAGCCGUCCUCCCGUGACUCUGGCUGUCAGAGCACACUGCUGAGUCCAGCAGCCUGAUACCCAGGCCAGCGUGGGCCCUCCUGCCUCACGUCCACCUGUGGGCUGAGUGACUCCCUCUGGGGACUCCCAGGACACAGUGGCCUGACGGUGAUGGUGCCCUUGAGCCUCCCUUCGUCACUGAGCACCAGACCCAGCGAGGCCAGGACACUCAGGUCCCACAGCCCCAGGAAGGGACAUUCAGCCUCUGUGCCUUGGUGGGACUUGGGGACUCAGGGCCAAAGAGGUGGUUCAGGUCCCCAUGCACCCCCAGACAGUCAGGUGCAGGCAGCUGGGGGUGUGUGGGGAAGAGCAUGAGGAGUCCUCAGGGUCUGAAUUCACUGGUGAGUUCCCCACAG